CUCACACUUCACUCCUCAGCAAGCGCUCAAACAGAAACGGAAAUGUAAAAGUAAGAUGUUGAGCCCAUCGAGUCCAGCCCAGAGGGUCAGUGAAGAGGACACCUCUGGAUCUGAUACACGGUCAGAUGUUGGCCAAGAACCUGAGACAGACCGGUUUGGCUUCAUUCUGACUAAUGGAUCCACAGCUGGGUGUGUGGGCCCAGCUCCUGAGCUGGUCAGGCAGAGGGAGGCCAAAUGGAUUAACAUCAUUAGCCAGUGGGAUCAUAUCUUGUUUAAGAAGACUCAUAAGGUCAAAGUGCAAUGUCAGAAAGGCAUCCCUGCCUCUCUCAGAGCAAAGUGCUGGCCUCUGCUGUGUGGAGCAACUGACAAGAUGAAACAAAACCAAACUCUCUACCAGUCUCUGGAUUCGCAGCCUGCUCUGCAGAGCUGGGUGGAUGUGAUUGAGAGGGACCUGGACCGACAGUUUCCUUUCCAUGAAAUGUUCCUCUCCAAGGAUGGACAUGGGCAGCGUGGUUUGUUCCGGGUGUUAAAAGCUUACACUCAGUACCAACCAGAAGAGGGUUACUGCCAAGCACAGGGCCCAGUGACUGCAGUGCUGCUGAUGAACAUGCCAGCUGAGGAGGCGUUCUGGUGUUUGGUGCAGAUCAGUGAGCAGUACCUGCCAGGAUACUACAGCCCACUUCUGGAGGGAGUCCUGUUUGACGCUGCAAUGCUGACCUGGGUCUUGAAAAGGACGUGUCCAGCUGCACACAAACACCUGCAGCAGCAUGGGGUGGAGCCACUCAUGUUUGCCACAGACUGGCUGAUGUGUCUUUUCACACGCCAUCUGCCCUUCAACACACUGCUGCGAGUCUGGGACCUUUUUUUCUGCUACGGCGUGCGGGUGCUGCUCCAGGUGACGGUGGUGCUUGUCCGUCGGGUGCUUGGUCGGGCAGAACAGAGGAGGCAGUGUGAGGGUCAGAUGGAGACUCUAGAGAGGCUGAGGGGGGUCAGGGAUCAGGUCCAGGAGGAGGAUGACACCUUCAUAGCAGAGGUGUGCUCUGUACAACUCUCAGCCAAAGAUCUGGAAAAACAAACGGAAAAACAGUUAGAAAAGUGGAGGAAAGACAGACCCUUAUCCACCUUUGAUCCCAGAGGCCGCUGCCACGGAUAUCAGAUGGCGUGGGCAAGGGCUCGACACACAGAGGAAGAACGGGACAAGAGAGAGCGGGAGAAAGGGAACCUGUCCGUCCCAAUCACUCGCUCAGCUUCCACUCUCUCCCUGUCCCCCUCCCUGCUUCAUAGGUGGAGAAAAGGAGGGAAGGUGAAUGCAGAGGAGUGGGAAGGCGGAGGUAAAGUUGUGAGGCAUCUUUCAAUGGGAGCAAAGGAGGACAUGAGGGGCUGGACUGAGUUGCAUGUUAAGAAAGUGAAGGAGGUACAGGAGGAGGAAGAUGAGGAAGUUUUCGAAGAACAUGAACAUGAACUCUUGAAAAUACCUGAAAAUAUGGACACCAUCCAAAACAUGCAAGAAGAGCAUGAAGAUGAAAAAGUCUGUUUAGAAGUAGAGACUGAAAAGACAAUCAGUGAAGAGGAGGAAAGACAACUUAGAAAGACUGAAGAGAGUGAAACACUCUCUGAACAGACUGAAGAACCAAAACAUGGUCCAACAGAAGACCAAAAUGUUGAAAAUAUCCUUCAGAUACCUGAUUACACAAUUCAUCAGGAGCAAGAUGAGGAGCUAAAUUCUGACAGCCCAUCACAAGUCCUGGAGCUGCAGAGUCAGGAAAGACAAGAGCAGGAGAUUGAAGUGAAAUCUGAAAAUAAAGAGACAGAGAAACUUGAAACAGAAGGUGGACUACCAGAUUUUAUAGAGGAAAAUCAGACUGAGGUACAGACAGAUGAUGAUUCAGACCAAAAGACAGAGGCAGAGUCAGGAGGAGCCACAGAUCGAAGUGAGGAGCAGGAUGAUGUGAAACCAGAGAACACAGAAACUGAAAAUGUGCAACAAACGCAGGUUGAAACACCCCCCAAAGCAAUAAAUGAGACAAGUCCAGACACAGAGAUAGACAGUGAGGCUCACAUUGUCAGAGACACUGUUGAUGAGAUAGAGGCACAACAGCAACAAGAGGAAGAGAAAAGCUCACAAGAAGAUGGAUCUGAAGGAGAACAUCUCUCUAAUGAACAAUCCAAGGAAAUCGACCUGAAAGAUGAGUCUUGCUUGCAGACAGAAACUGAUGUACUGUCGCAUGAUUCAGUUACUCUGAACCAAAUGGAUCCAGAAAUAGGGCAAAGAAAUUUUUCAGAAGAACAUGCUGAUUCUGAGACAGAAGCGGAACCAUUAAUUCUGUGUUUGCCUGAAUGCACUGAACAAAAAGAAAGUACUGGGUUAGAGGCUGAAAAGAACACUGCGGCUCAAACCCAUGUAGUGAUGGACAAAAAUGAAGUUAGUUCAGGGAGAGAGAGUGACACAGCUACAUGUGAAUCUACACAGGAAGACGAAGAAGUAAUUUCCACUGUAGGCUCAGAGGAAAAGGUUAACAACAGUCAAACACAAGCAGAGAAAGCAAAGACAGAGAGUGGAAUCAACGAGGAGGCAACUGACAUCACAAGACCUCUAACAAGUGCUGAGGAGAUAGAUGGAAAAAGUUUGGUGCCUGAGGAACCAAAAGUUCAAAACUUGAAGGAGGAAGAAAUCUCAGAAAAUCUUGAGGAAAACACACCAGGAGGGGAUCAUAUCUGUAAUCCCACAAACUCUCCAGAACCCGACAGUAACCUACAAAUCAAAGAGAAAGAAUCAAAUUUUGAGCCGAUUAACAGUGACCAAACACAACUAUGCGGGCGUCGCAACAGCAAGUCUUCUGGUGAUUUCUGCGUCCGCAAGUCAUCUGCCACCCGUAGGUCCUGGUUAGGGCGCAGGCUGUCAGAAGAUCUUUUCACCAUGCCGCAGAAAACCAACCAGUCACAACUAAUCUCCAAUUCACACAGUGAAUUACAAGCCAAUCCUGAAGUUGUAAACCAAACGAAACCCGAAGAAAUCCCCUCCCCACUGCCUGCAGAGGAGACCAUUAAGACUCCUGCGCCGUCUGAGUCCCACCCCUCUAAACGUUUUGAUUUCUUCCGCAGACUCAAAGGAGAACGGCCUAACAAAGCCAAGACCCCAAUGCAGGUACCCACAAUUGUAAUUCAGGACUUCAGCGACGGAACAGGGACGGGGACUGUGGUCGAAGAAGAAGGGCAGGAGAAACUGAGCUCCAGGGAGAGGAGGAGGAGGCGCAGGGAACGAGAGAGGAAAGAGAAAGAGGAGGAGAGGUUGAGAAAAAAAAAAGAAAAGGAGCAGGAGAAAGAGAGGAGGAAACCGCAGACAAGAGGGAAAAGUUUCCAGGGGCAAAAAGAGAAAGGAAGCAUCGAUGAAGCUCAACAUGUGAAGACAGAAGCUCAGUCAUUCAGAUAUACUGCUCCUUAUGCUGAGUCUUAUUUUUGACAGAAAAAAAUCAUGUUUUUUUCUCUAUCUGAAAUGGUUACAGAAGUUAUUUUAAUCAAGUGGACUUACG